CCUUUUAUUUGAUCAAUUUACUCAUAUUUUUACUAUCUUUUUUUAUAUGAAGUCCCACUAACGCUAUUUUUGUAUGUUUUUGUUUAAAUAAUGUUAAGGCUAUUUCGAUGAUAUUUGUUAUACAGUUAUUAGUUUUGUAACUGUUACUGUAAAUAACUACGUUAUGCUAAUACCCAUCUCUAAUUAUUGACCAUAGCCACCCACAGCAACAAACAAAAAAUUGUAGAAUUAGCGGGAAUUGGGCGAGAAGCGGGAAGAGAAAAUUUGUAUUCCAGAAGUAUAAUUUUGUUAAUAAAAUGUCUAAAACAGCAAUAAUUCCCACUGAAACUGCUGUAAUACCUAGAGAAGAAGCAAGUCAACCUUUGUCAUUCAAUGAUGUAGUUGCGAAAAAUCCUUCGCAGGAUAAAUCUCAACGUCAAAUUACGUUUUCCAGUAAUUCAAAGAUAAGUGACACUCAAAGUUCACAAAGCAGAGAGCGCAUGUUGUGGCUGCAGCGGCGCCGGACGGAGGGCCUGUGGGCGUCGUGCGACAGUUGCGGCCGCUGGCGAUACCUGCCCCAUGUCAUUGAUCGUUAUGAACUGCCUUAUAAAUGGUAUUGUAAGAUGAAUCCAGAUAAAAAAUUGGCCGAUUGUUCCGCCCCUGAAGUACCGAUACAACUGCACGAUGAAGAAGAUCUGAUCCAUAGUAGAUUCUCAGCUGGAUCCAUAGUAUGGGUGAAGCUGCCAGGCUGGCCGUGGUGGCCCGCUAUGGUGGACGACUGCCCCGACACCGAGCAGUUUUAUUGGCUAGACGGAUUCUCUGAUAUACCGACUCACUACCAUGUGGUUUUCUUUGACAAAUUGGAUGUGUCGCGUGCAUGGGUAAGCGACCAGAUAAUUGAGCCUUACACUAUUAAUAAAAAUAAAAUUGAAGAUGCAAACCGUAAUAAAAAAUACGCAAAGCGUUUACGAGUGGCCGUAAGUCAAGCCACCGACGCAUUUUCUUUGCCACUCGCUUCGCGGUUCAGCAAAUAUAGCUUUUUAGCGCGAUACAAAGGCAAGAUUUUGAGCCCAACUAAAAUAUCAAAAACUGAAAUUGAGAAGCACCGCAAAAGCCUCAAGAGAAAGUUUGAUGUCGAUUUUCCUUUGAGUUCUGAUAGUGACGAUAGUUCUUCGGCUGAAGAUGAACCUAUGAAUAAUAAAGGUAAAACUGAUGCUGCAAAUAAAAGUAAGGUCAAAGUAACGGAGCAGAAGAAAAUAGCGAAGAAAGAUGAUAUGAUGCCAGAAAGUGAUUACAUUGUCGCAAAUAAUUUAACUUCGUCGACCACUAUUGAUGAUCAAAGCCAAGUUAACGAUACAUUAAAAGAAACUAAUUCUUUGAAGGUGUACGCUACUAGUACGGCUGACGAAGGGUUGGAAAAUGCUUCUCUGGAUUAUGGUCAAACGAGUAUCGAUACAUCGAAGGGAAUAACCAUGCAGGAUACUGCAAUAACUGAUUCACAGCUUCAAAUGAGAGCUGCUUCGCGUAGUAGCGACGAAUUUGAAUUUUAAUGUUUUUCAUGUGUAUUAAUUAAAUUUGAUUAUAAUGAAUUAAAAUAGA